ACCAUCACACUUCAUGAUUCUUCCUUUUCCACCCAUCUUCUUCGUUGUUAUCGAACCCUAUUUUAUUUAAUUAAAUUAAAAACCCUCGAGUUCUGCUCUUAUUUCUCACCAUCUUUAAUUUAAACCCACAUUUUUCAUUUUAUAUAAAAAAGGUUCUUGCUUGGGUCCUAUUUUCGGCUGUUUUUCUAUGGGUUUCCCUCAGAUUUCUCUCCCAUUUCUUAAAUCUAAUCGUCUUCCUUAUUGCGUUUUUUUUCUAUAAAUAGAGCUAAAACCAGUUCUGGGUUUGCUUUAAAACUCAAUUAACAUGGUUUCUUCAGUCUCUGUUCCCUGCCCCAAGAUCUCUUCUCUCUUGAGAACAAACCACCAAAGCCAAAAUCAAAGGGUUUCUUUGCCUCUUCCUCAAACUUCAAACGUUAUCUCCAAAUCUUGCUUGGCAUUUGGAUCUUCAAUACGGGUACCUGCAUUUUCAGCAUCUCAGUGGCUUAAUCGUAAGCAAACUACAGUCUUCACGAGCCAUGCGCAGCUUAACGAGGUUGCAGAGUUAUCGUCGAAUUCUGUAGCAGCAAUCGACACGAAACCUAAAUUUUCAUUGCCUAAGGAAGAUGAUAUGAAACCAGCAGAGACUGCUAUUCCGGAUGCUGCAGCAAUCUCGGCAUUCAUGGAACAAGUAUCGGACCUUGUUAAACUUGUUGAUUCACGAGAUUUUAUAGAGUUGCAACUGAAGCAAUUGGAUUGUGAGCUCGUAAUAAGAAAGAAGGAAGCUUUGCAGCCACCGGAAUCAGCAGCUCCAAUCGUCAUGCCACAAUACAUGCCUCAAGCGAUGUUUCAAACUCCACCUCCGGCAGCCCCAGUGGCAGCUCCUGCUCCUGCUCCUGCUAGCCCAGCCCCUCCAGCAGCAGCACCUUCGUCACCUCCCCCCGCUAAAAGGAGGAAUUCUUCUCAUCCACCCCUCAGAUGCCCCAUGGCUGGAACCUUUUAUAGGAGUCCUGCACCGGGUGAACCACCAUUUGUAAAGGUGGGAGAUAAAGUGCAGAAAGGUCAAGUUGUCUGCAUCAUCGAGGCAAUGAAAUUGAUGAACGAAAUCGAAGCUGAUCAAUCCGGAACCGUAACGGAGAUAUUGGUAGAGGAUGGAAAACCAGUUAGUGUAGACAUGCCUCUGUUUUUGAUUGUGCCUUGAACAAGUUGGCCGGAGGAAGGGCUCCAAUUCCUUCUGGUGGGAGUUUUGUGAGGUGUGAGACCCAAUGUUUUGAUUUAUUG